AUUUAUAUCCCAUUUGGUUGCUCGACCUCCCUUCAUUUCCUUCGCUUUUCGUGUUUCGAGUCCACGUCCUCAUUCGUUGGCUGACGACGACUUUGGGCUUUCCCUCCCCAUAUUUCAGACACAGCGGAAACAGCGCGUCAUGUUUUUGGUGGACUGGUUCUGGGGGCUGCUGUCCUCGCUUGGCCUGGCCAACAAGAGCGGCAAGCUCGUGUUCCUUGGCCUUGACGCCGCAGGCAAAACCACCCUCCUCAACAUGCUCAGGGACGGUCGCGUGCAAGCAGCACCGCCCACCCUCUAUCCAACUGCGGAGGAGCUCUCCAUUGCAGGCAUCACAUUCACAACACACGAUCUUGGUGGUCACAAGCAAGCGCGCCGCGUGUGGAAGACGUACUUUCCUGCUGUGAAUGCGAUUGUGUUUAUGGUGGAUGCGUCGGACCGCGACCGCUUCAAGGAAUCAAAGGCAGAACUCGACGCGCUGCUGGGGGACGAGGCCAUCUCGAACAUCCCAAUUGUUGUGCUCGGCAACAAGAUUGACAUCCCCGGCGCCGCCGGCGAGGAGGAGUUGCGGGCUGCGCUUGGUCUCAUUGGCCAGACGACGGGCAAGGGCACGGUGCCCAAGUCCAGCCUGGCCAGUCGCCCGCUCGAGCUGUUCAUGUGCACUGUCAUCAAGAAGCAGGGCUAUGGCGACGCCUUCCGCUGGCUCUCGCAGUACCUUUAAACGCACCCGCAACCCGCAGCAACCCCUUCCCCGAUGCAAUGUGGCGAGGGAUUGACUGAUCAAGGCAGAUUGGAGUGGCGUGUAUGACGUGUGUGCGUGUGUGUGUGUUGUGCAGUUUGAGCGUGUGCUUGGCUUGCACACUCGCCUUCCCGCACACGUGACUACUGCGCCGUCUUCAUCCUGUACCACAUAGGCAGGCCACAUCAUGUGUGACAACCCAGCGUGCAGUGGUGCUUUGGUGUCAGACAAGGAGUGACACGUUGUGUGUGUGUGUGUGUGUGUGUGUGUGUGUGUGUGUGUGUGUGCGU